AUGACAACAGUGGCUGAUAAACGACUGGAUUUCAUAGAGAAUUAUUGCACUCUGUCUCUUCAUGUUAAACCUGACAAAUGGUCCAAGUUUGCAACCAAUGAAGAGACUCAUACCAUGCUCAAUGAGUUCUAUGAGAAGCAGGAUGUGACAACGUUGGUGAUCACCCUAAAUCCUACUGGACAACUAAUCCCCUGCCUUGGCUUCCCAUCAACACUGAAAAAUAAAGGAGUUUAUUUUGUGAAAAAGAAGAAUGAAAACAUUACCAAAGAUAACUUCCAGGAAGCACUCAUUGUUGGAGAUAUCAGCCCUUCCCCAGUAGAGCAGAUGAUGGCUAUUGUGGAAGAGGUGGCCUACUCCUUGUUCAUGAAAAGUGUAAACCUUAGCGGAUGGCCUCGAGUAGUAGCUGACGAUGUGAUUCGGCAAGCUCACAAGCUGAAAAAUGAGAUGUUUGUGAUGGGAGGAAAGGUCAAAGGAAAAACGCUGCUCCCUUUACCAGAGAACAUGGAUGCUCUGGAGAGUGUCUCAGAAGUCUUUGACAGUCUACAUGCUACUGUGGACAGUUCCCUACUACACUCCAUUGAAACAAUAAUUAUUGACUGGUCUCAUCAGAUCCGAGAUAUCUUGAGUAAGGAUUCUGCUCAGCCUCUCCUGGAUGGUUUAAACCCAUUACCCAGAGUAGAAUUUGAUUUCUGGUACAGUAGGCAGGUCAAUCUGCAAUGCAUAAAUGAGCAGCUUUAUGCGCCUCAAGUCAAAACGAUUGCUGACAUUUUAGAGCGAGCAAAAAGCUGCUAUUGGCCAGCACUUAAGAAUGUCUUCAGGGAUGUAUCUGCAGGAUUGAAAGAAGCCGAUGAUAUUAACCUGUAUUUGCAGCCUCUAAAAGUUACACUUGAGGAAGUGGAACAAGCUGACUAUCACCAGGUGUCUUCGCACAUCAAUAGCAUCAUGUACACAGUAUGCUUGAUCUGGGCUAAUUCUGAAUAUUACAACAUUCCAUCCCGAGUCAUUGUCAUUUUGCAGGAGAUUUGUAAUCUCUUCAUUGAAAUGACACGUAACUUUUUGAGUCCCGAGGAAGUGCUGAAAGGCUUGCAAGGCGAAAUUGAGGAGGUUUUAUCUGGAAUCAAGGUGGCCAUUGCUGUGAUUGAGAAACUCUACAAGACCUAUGACCUUUGCUCCAAUGAUACAAUGCCUUCUUUUUUUAAGGAUAAAGAACCUCAGUACUGGGAAUUCCCCUCUACUCUUGUCUUUACAAGAAUGAAUUUAUUUUUUCAUAGAUUGAAGACCAUAGAGGAACUUUAUGUGACUGCAAUUGAAUUUUUCAAACUGGAGAAAAUUGAACUGGGAGGUGUGAAAGGCAAUAUCCUAGGGAGUUUGGUGUUCCAAAUUUACGAAGAGGUUCUUGAAUAUGUGAAAGUUUUUGCAGAAUGCAAAUAUGAUCCAUUAGAUCCAGCAGAUGAGCAAUUUGAUGAAGAUUAUGCACAUUUUGAGAUCAAAAUCCAGGAUUUGGAUAGGCGAUUGGGCACCAUUUUCUGUCAAGGAUUUGCUGAUUGUUCCAGUUUUGAAUCAGCUGUCAAGCAAAUCCAUAUGUUUUCAUCUCUGUUGGAACGACCAUUGAUCAAAGCAGACGCCGCUCCCCACUACACUACCCUUUUGGAGAUGUUCAAUGUUGAAUUGGACAAUGCAAAGAUUUUGUAUGAUGCCCAGAUAGAAGCUACUGAAACUGGAGAUCAUGUGCCUCCCAUUAGCAAAAAUAUGCCACCUGUUGCUGGGCAACUGAAAUGGGCUUUAGAACUCCAGGAACGAUUGCAGAACCCAAGGAAAGAGUUGCAUGCCAUUGAUCAUCCGUAACUAAGCGGAUUCUGAAGCAAACUGAUAUAUGGAAAAUAUGAUGAGAUGAUACGUUUGCUGAAAGGCUACCGUGAAAAUUAUGCACAGUGGAUUUCCAGAGUUGAUAGAGACUGCCAGUUUAAUCUAGAGCAACCACUGAUCCAUAGAGAUCCAGAAACAAGACUUAUUAGUGUCAACUUCAGCAAAGAGCUCAUAGCUGUUCUCCGUGAAGUCAAGUACCUGAACUUUCAGCAGCAAAAAGAAAUUCCAGACAGUGCUGGCAGCCUUUUCUCUCAGAGUGGAACUUUCCAGAAGUUUGUGGAUAACCUAGAUCUCAUUGUUGGCUGGUACAAUAAGAACUUCCUCUGGUCAAAAACUGAAUUGGAAGAAAUUGAUGUUGGCCUAGAGAAAGCUGAGACCAAUCUGUUUGGAGUAAUGAAGGUACAUUUAUCUAAUACCAGCUGGAUCUGCCCUGAAUCUCCUUAUUUCCAAACUGGAGGGAAUGUUAUGGAUUAUAUUCAAGAGAUGCGAAAUGUUUUAUAUGAUUUAGAGACAAGAAUUCAAAAAACCAAAUUAAAUGUGGAGAAUAUUGAACAGCUUAUGCAAGAAUGGUCAGCUAGUCCUUUGUUUGAAAGGAAAGACAACAAAGAGACAGCCCUUCUUGAUCUAGAUGGAAGACAAACCAAUAUAAACAAACGCUAUGCAGCAAUCAAAGAUGCUGGGCAGAAGAUCCAGAGUAUGGUGGAGGCCAAUGUUGCCCCGUUAUUUGAAGUACGGAUGGAGUUGUAUAAAGCUGACUUAAGGUAUCGUCCAUCACUGGAAGUUGGAGCAGAACAUGGUUUGGAAAUGGUAGAAAACUUAAUGAAUGAUAUCUAUGAAACAGCAAAUCUUAUACCCCGACUGGCAAAAGGGAAACACAACUAUAAGACUGACUUGGAAGAUAAUGGAGAACUAAUGGAGAUGAGGGAGGAAGUGGCUAACAUUGUGGUGAAUGCCAUGAAGCAGGGCGAGGAAUAUCAAGACUCCUUCGAAAAAUACUCCUACCUUUGGAUGGAUGAUCCCCAAGAAUUCAUGCAGCGCUUCCUGACUUUUGGGCAUGCUCUCACACAGGAAGAGCUUGAAUCUCACAGCGGAGGGAGUACUUGCCACAUGUUGCACCCACUCUUGAGCAAUCCAACUACAGGUUAGAAGAGGAGGGGAUGGAUAGAUUGAUACAUACGAAAACUAUAUGAAGAAGUAUCCAAGUUUGAUAAUACCAAAGUGUUCAAUGGUUGGCUGCAAAGUGAUUGUCGGCCCUUCAAGCAAGCACUCCUGAACACUAUCAAACGCUGGAGUUUAAUGUUCAAGCAGCACCUCAUCAAUCAUGUCACUAAUAGCCUCCAGGAGCUUGCUGCUUUCAUGAAAGAGGCAAAUGUAGGCUUAACUAAACCAGUGAAAGAGGGUGACUACGAUGGGCUUGUUGAAGUGAUGGCACACUUGAUGAAAGUCAAAGAAAGACAAGUAGCUACAGACAAUAUGUUUGAGCCUCUAAAGCAGACUAUUGAAUCUAAAUUGUAUGGAGAAGAAAUGCCUGAAGAGAUCCAUAUGCAGUUGCAUGAAUUGCCAGAGCAAUGGAACAAUACCAAAAAGUUGUCCUUCCAAGUCAAACAAAAUGUGGCUCCUCUGCAGGCCAAUGAAGUUACAAUUAUCCGAAGAAAAUGCCAACAAUUUGAGCUUAAACAACAUGAGUUCAGAGAGAAAUUCCGAGUUGAGGCACCUUUCACUUUUGUUGAUCCAGACCCAUAUAAAUCCCUAACAACAAAAAUGAUUACGGGCAUGGAAAAAGAGAUGGAAGCCCUAUCCAAAUCGGCAGGCUUGUUUGAAGUAUCUGUUCCAGACUACAAGCAGCUAAAAGCAUGCCACAAGGAAGUGCGCUUGCUCAAGGAGCUCUGGGACAUGAUAGUCUUGGUAAAUGAAAGCAUUAACGAUUGGAAGACAACCAAGUGGAAAGAGAUUAAUGUUGAACAAAUGGAUCUUGACUGCAAGAAAUUUGCUAAGGAUGUGAGAACUUUGGACAAGGAAAUGAGACCGUGGGAUGCUUUUAUAGGACUUGAUAAUACAGUUAAGAACAUGAUCACAUCUCUUCGAGCUGUCAGUGACCUCCAGAAUCCAGCUAUCCGAGAUAGACAUUGGAAAGAACUCAUGGAGGCCACCCAGGUGAAGUUUAUCAUGUCUGAGGAAACAACACUGGCAGACCUCCUUCAGCUGAAUCUUCACAACUUUGAAGAUGAGGUUCGCAGCAUUGUAGAUAAGGCUGUGAAAGAAUCUGGGAUGGAAAAGGUGCUGAAGGCUCUUGACAGUACCUGGUCAACCAUGCAGUUUGAACAUGAACCUCACCACAGGACGGGAACAAUGAUGCUGAAGGCAGAUGAAGCACUAGUAGAAACCCUUGAAGAGAACCAAGUGCAGCUCCAGACUCUGAUGACUUCGAAGUAUCUGUCCCACUUCCUACAGGAGGUCUCCGGCUGGCAGCAGAAAUUAUCCACUGCUGACUCUGUGAUAGCCAUUUGGUUUGAAGUCCAGAGAACAUGGAGUCACCUGGAGAGCAUCUUCAUUGGCUCAGAGGACAUUCGAAAUCAGCUGCCUGAGGAUUCAAAGCGUUUUGAUAUCAUUGACAAAGAAUUCAAAAUAUUAAUGGCGGAUGCAGUAAAAACUCCCAAUGUGGUUGAGGCAACAAAUAAACCAGGUCUCUAUGACAAGCUAGAGAGCUUGCAGCAAAGUUUGGCACUCUGUGAAAAAGCUCUGGCUGAAUAUUUGGAAACCAAGAGACUGGCUUUCCCUCGAUUUUAUUUUGUAUCCUCUGCUGACCUGCUGGAUAUUUUGUCCAAUGGUAAUGACCCUGUUGAGGUGUCCCGCCAUUUGUCCAAAUUAUUUGAUAGCAUGGCAAAGCUGAAAUUCAAGCUAGAUGCAGAAGGACAGCCUCUGAAGAUUGGCUUGGGAAUGUACAGCAAAGAAGAUGAGUAUGUUGAUUUUGACAAGGAGUGCGACUGCUCUGGACAGGUUGAAGUUUGGUUAAACCGAGUGAUGGUGAGAAUGCAGAGCACCUUGCGCCAGCUAAUAGCUGAAGCUGUAGUGACAUAUGAGGAAAAGCCAAGAGAACAAUGGAUAUUUGAUUACCCAGCCCAGAUUGCUUUAACAUGUACCCAGAUCUGGUGGACUACGGAAGUUGGCAUUGCCUUUUCACGACUGGAAGAAGGCUAUGAAAAUGCAAUUAAAGAUUACAAUAAAAAGCAGAUUAACCAGUUGAACACCUUAAUUACGCUGCUGAUUGGGAGCUUAUCUCCAGGGGACAGAAUGAAGAUUAUGACCAUUUGUACUAUUGAUGUGCAUGCCAGGGACGUCAUUGCCAAAAUGAUUUUAGCAAAGGUGGAGAGCUCUCAGGCCUUUACGUGGCAGUCCCAACUUAGGCACCGUUGGGAUGAAGAGAAGAGGCACUGCUUUGCCAAUAUCUGUGAUGCUCAACUCCAGUAUUCCUAUGAAUACCUUGGCAACACUCCUCGUCUGGUGAUCACCCCGCUUACUGACCGUUGCUAUAUCACCCUGACCCAGUCCCUCCACUUAAUCAUGGGAGGAGCCCCUGCAGGCCCUGCAGGAACAGGAAAAACCGAGACAACCAAAGACUUGGGCAGGGCUGUAGGAAUCAUGGUGUAUGUCUUCAACUGCUCUGAGCAAAUGGACUAUAAGUCCUGUGGAAAUAUCUACAAAGGGCUGGCCCAAACCGGGGCCUGGGGAUGUUUUGAUGAAUUCAAUCGGAUUUCAGUAGAAGUCCUGUCAGUAAUUGCUGUACAGGUUAAAUGUGUUCAAGAUGCUAUUCGAUCCAAGAAGAAGACAUUCAAUUUCCUUGGAGAGAUUAUCUCUCUGAUUCCCACUGUUGGAAUGUUUAUUACCAUGAAUCCUGGGUAUGCAGGUCGUACUGAACUGCCUGAAAAUCUGAAAGCUUUGUUCAGGCCCUGUGCCAUGGUUGUUCCUGAUUUUGAGCUUAUCUGUGAAAUCAUGCUUGUUGCUGAAGGUUUUAUUGAAGCGAGGCUCCUGGCCAGGAAAUUUAUUACUCUCUACACGCUCUGUAAGGAGCUACUUUCCAAGCAGGAUCACUAUGACUGGGGGUUGAGAGCUAUCAAAUCUGUGCUAGUGGUGGCAGGGUCCCUGAAGAGAGGAGACCCAGGCCGGGCUGAAGACCAGGUCCUCAUGAGAGCUUUGCGAGACUUUAAUAUACCUAAGAUUGUGACUGACGACUUACCUGUAUUCAUGGGACUCAUUGGGGACCUUUUCCCAGCCUUGGAUGUACCCCGGAAGCGUGACCUGAACUUUGAGAAGAUUAUUAAACAAGCUGUUGUUGAGCUCCGUCUUCAACCCGAGGAGAGUUUUGUUUUGAAGGUGGUGCAGCUAGAGGAACUACUGCAAGUCCGACACUCGGUGUUCGUGAUUGGAAAUGCCGGCUCUGGCAAGUCACAGGUAUUAAAAUCUCUGAAUAAAACUUAUCAGCUCAUGAAGAGGAAGCCUGUAGCUGUUGAUCUUGAUCCUAAAGCUGUGACUUGUGAUGAGCUAUUUGGCAUAAUUAAUCCAGCAACAAGAGAAUGGAAAGAUGGCUUAUUUUCAACUAUAAUGCGAGAUCUAGCUAAUGUAACUCACCGCGGACCUAAAUGGAUUGUUCUAGAUGGAGAUAUUGAUCCCAUGUGGAUUGAAUCUUUGAAUACCGUGAUGGAUGACAACAAGGUGCUGACCUUAGCCAGCAAUGAGAGAAUCCCACUAAACCCCACCAUGAGGCUUGUGUUUGAAAUCAGUCACCUGAGGACAGCAACACCUGCCACGGUGUCUCGAGCAGGAAUCUUGUAUAUCAAUCCCGCUGACCUGGGCUGGAAUCCAAUAGUGAGCAGCUGGAUUGAGCGCCGAGAAGUGCAAUCAGAAAAAGCUAACCUGAUGAUCUUGUUUGAUAAAUACUUACCCGUUUGUUUGGACAAACUGAAAUUUGGAUUCAAGAAGAUAACCCCUGUUCCUGAAGUGACUGUGGUGCAAAUGAUUCUCUAUUUACUGGAAUGCCUCUUGACCCCAAUCAACACACCUCCAGAUUCUCCCAAAGAGCUAUACGAACUCUAUUUUGUAUUUGCUUGCUUCUGGGCUUUCGGAGGAGCAAUGUUCCAAGAUCAGCUUGUGGAUUAUCGUGUGGAAUUUAGCAAGUGGUGGGUGAAUGAAUUUAAAACAAUCAAAUUCCCAUCUCAGGGAACGAUUUUUGACUAUUACAUUGACCCAGAAUCAAAGAAAUUCAUGCCAUGGACUGAUAAAGUGCCACAAUUUGAAUUGGAUCCAGAUGUCCCAUUGCAGGCUUCAAUGGUCCACACAACAGAAACCAUCCGGAUUCGUUACUUCAUGGACUUACUAAUGGAGAAAAAAUGGCCAGUGAUGUUAGUUGGGAAUGCAGGCACUGGGAAGUCAGUGCUGAUGGGAGAUAAGCUGGAUACUCUGAACCUGGAUGAUUUUAUGGUGCAAGCUGUUCCCUUUAACUUCUACACAACUUCAGCUAUGCUUCAGGCUAUUCUAGAGAAGCCUCUGGAGAAGAAAUCAGGGCGUAAUUUUGGACCCCCUGGUACCAAGAAGCUGAUUUACUUCAUAGAUGAUAUGAACAUGCCAGAAGUUGACAAAUACGGCACUGUGGCUCCUCAUACCUUGAUCCGGCAGCACAUGGAUCAUGGCCAUUGGUAUGAUAGAAACAAACUGACCUUAAAGGAUAUCCACAACUGUCAGUAUGUUGCCUGUAUGAACCCAACUUCUGGAUCCUUCACUAUUGAUUCCAGGCUCCAGAGGCACUUCUGUGUGUUUGCGGUGAGUUUCCCAGGUCAGGAUGCCCUAAUGUCCAUCUACAGUACUAUUUUAGGACAGCACUUGGCUGCUCGGAAUGUCUCAAUCGUCGUCCAGAAGGUUAACCAACAGCUUGUUUCGGCAGCUCUGGGUUUACAUCAAAAAAUUACAUCAACAUUUCUUCCUACGGCCAUAAAAUUUCACUACGUUUUCAAUCUCCGGGAUCUCUCAAAUAUAUUCCAGGGACUCCUGUUUUCCACUCAUGAAUGCCUCAAAAUACCAUCAGACCUGGUCCGGCUGUGGCUGCAUGAAGCAGAGAGGGUUUACUAUGACAAACUUGUGGAAGAUAAAGAUCAAGAGACCUAUACCCGGGUCAUGACAGCAAAUUGCAAGAAAUUCUUUGAGGAUCUGGGUGAAAAUAUUAUCUUUGCAAAGCCCAACAUUUUUUGCCACUUUGCUCAAGGCAUUGGAGAUCCAAAGUACUUUCCUGUUUCCAAUAUACAGAGUUUGAAUAAAUUGCUUGUGGAAGCCUUAGAUAGCUACAAUGAGGUCAAUGCAGUGAUGAAUUUGGUGCUGUUUGAAGAUGCUGUGUCGCAUGUCUGUAGGAUCAAUCGCAUCCUAGAGUCUCCCAGAGGCAAUGCUUUGCUUGUGGGGGUUGGAGGCAGUGGCAAGCAAAGUCUGUCUCGACUGGCUGCCUAUAUUAGCGCCCUGGAUGUCUUUCAGAUCACUUUGAAGAAGGGUUAUGGCAUUCCAGAUCUCAAGGCUGAUCUGGCUUCCCAGUACAUCAAAUCUGCUGUGAAGAAUACCCCUACCGUUUUCCUUAUGACAGACUCACAGGUUGCUGAAGAGCAGUUUUUGGUUUUGAUCAAUGAUCUCUUGGCAUCUGGUGAGAUUCCAGGGCUAUUUCAGGAUGAUGAAGUGGAAAAUAUUAUUAGCUCCAUGAGGCCUCAGGUAAAAUCUAUGGGCUUGCCGGACACUCGUGAAAACGCCUGGAAAUUUUUCAUUGACAAAGUCCGAAAACAAUUAAAGGUAAUCUUAUGUUUCUCUCCUGUGGGAUCUACUCUCCGUGUGAGGGCCAGAAAAUUCCCUGCUGUAGUAAACUGCACAGCUAUUGACUGGUUUCAUGAAUGGCCUGAAGAUGCCUUAGUGUCUGUCAGUGGAAGGUUUCUUGAGGAGAUUGAAGGGAUUGAGUCUGGAGUUAAAACCUCCAUCAGCCUGUUUAUGUCAUUCGUCCAUACAACCGUCAACGAAAUGUCCAAGGUCUACCUGGCCACUGAAAGGCGUUAUAAUUAUACCACCCCAAAGACCUUCCUGGAACAGAUCAAACUUUACCAGAAUCUCCUAGCCAAAAAAAGAAAAGAACUGAUUGCUAAAAUUGAGAGGUUGGAGAAUGGCUUAAUGAAACUUCAGAGUACAGCUUCACAGGUGGAUGAUCUGAAAGCCAAACUUGCUGUUCAGGAGCUGGAGCUUAAGCACAAGAAUGAAGAUGCUGACAAACUGAUUCAUGUGGUAGGAGUUGAAACGGAGAAAGUGAGCAGGGAAAAAGCAAUUGCUGAUGAAGAGGAACUCAAAGUGCAAGUCAUUAACUUGAACGUAUCAGAAAAGCAAAGGGCUUGUGAAACUGAUUUGGCUAAGGCUGAACCAGCACUGAUUGCUGCUCAGGAAGCUCUCGACACCCUCAAUAAGAACAACCUGACAGAGCUGAAGUCUUUUGGAUCUCCUCCAGAAGCAGUGGUUAAUGUAACAGCAGCAGUUCUGAUUCUAACUGCUCCAGGUGGCAAGAUACCAAAAGAUAGAAGUUGGAAAGCAGCAAAAUCCAUGAUGGGCAAAGUAGAUGCUUUCCUGGAUGCCCUGAAGAAAUAUGACAAAGAACACAUUCCCGAAUCUUGCUUGAAAGCUUUUAAACCAUUUCAGAAUGAUCCAACAUUUGAUCCUGACUUUAUACUCUCCAAGUCCACAGCUGCGUCUGGUUUAUGCUCUUGGUGCUUAAACAUUGUUCGUUUCUAUGAAGUCUACUGUGAUGUGGCACCUAAGCGGCAGGCCUUGGAAGAGGCUAAUGCUGAACUGGCAGAGGCACAAGCCAAACUCACAAUGAUUAAAAACAAGAUUGCAGAUCUAAAUGCCAAUUUAGCUAAUCUGACUGCCGAAUUCGAAAAGGCCACAGCUGCGAAAAUCAAGUGCCAGCAAGAAGCUGAUGCAACGAAUAGAGUAAUAUCAUUGGCUAACAGGCUUGUUGGUGGAUUAGCCUCUGAAAACGUGCGUUGGGCUGAAUCGGUGGAAAAUUUCAGUGAACAGGGAAAGACUCUGUGCGGGGAUGUGCUACUGAUUACUGCAUUUGUUUCCUAUGUUGGGUAUUUUACCAAAAAGUAUAGGACCGAGUUACUGGAUAAGUUCUGGACUCCUUACUUAAAGCAGCUGAAGGUACCAAUUCCUAUUACCUCUGGCCUGGAUCCUUUGUCCCUGUUAACAGACGAUGCAGAUAUAGCAACCUGGAACAACCAGGGGCUCCCCAGCGACCGAAUGUCAACAGAAAAUGCAACCAUUCUGUGCAACACAGAACGUUGGCCCCUCAUUGUAGACGCGCAGCUUCAAGGGAUCAAAUGGAUCAAGAACAAACAUGGACGAGAUCUGAAGGCCAUCCGACUUGGACAGAAAAGCUACCUAGAUAUCAUUGAAAAAGCUGUUUCCGAGGGAGAUACGCUGCUUAUUGAAAAUAUUGGAGAGACAAUAGAGCCUGUGCUGGACCCCCUGCUAGGUCGAAACACAAUUAAGAAAGGAAGAUACAUUAAAAUAGGAGACAAGGAAGUAGAGUACCACCCCAACUUUCGCCUGAUUCUGCACACCAAGUACUUCAAUCCCCACUACAAGCCAGAGAUGCAGGCUCAGUGCACGUUGAUCAACUUCUUGGUUACCAGGGAUGGCUUGGAAGACCAACUUUUAGCUGCUGUGGUUGCUAAGGAAAGACCUGACUUAGAGGAACUGAAGGCUACUCUCACAAAACAACAGAAUGAAUUCAAGAUCAUCCUGAAAGAACUAGAGGAUUCCUUGCUAGCUAGACUCUCUGCUGCAUCAGGAAACUUCUUAGGAGAUACAGCCUUGGUAGAAAAUCUGGAGACCACAAAGCGCACAGCUAAUGAAAUAGAACAAAAAGUGACAGAGGCUAAAGUUACUGAAAUACAAAUCAAUGAAGCCAGAGAGAACUACAGGCCAGCUGCAGAAAGGGCAUCCCUGUUGUAUUUUAUAUUAAAUGACCUAAACAAAAUCAACCCCAUCUAUCAAUUCUCCCUGAAGGCUUUCAACGUGGUGUUUGAGAAAGCUAUUCAGCGUACAGCUCCAGCAGAAGAUGUCAAACACAGGGUGAUCAACCUUACAGAUGAAAUCACCUAUUCAGUUUUCAUGUACACGGCUCGGGGACUUUUUGAGAGAGACAAACUUAUUUUUCUAGCCCAGGUUGCCUUCCAGGUCUUGCUGGUUAAAAAAGAAGUGAAUCCAGUGGAAUUAGAUUUCCUUCUGCGUUUUCCCUUUAAAGCUGGCUUGACAUCUCCAGUAGAAUUCUUAUUAGGUCAAGGAUGGGGUGGAAUUAAGGUACUUUCUGAAAUGGACGAAUUCAAAAACCUGGACAGCGAUAUUGAAGGCUCUGCGAAGCGAUGGAAAAAAUUUGUAGAAUCGGAAACCCCAGAAAAGGAAGUUUUCCCGAAGGAGUGGAAGAAUAAGACUGCCCUGCAAAAGCUGUGCAUGAUGCGGUGCAUGAGGCCAGACCGCAUGACCUACGCAGUCAAAAACUUUGUCGAAGAGAAGAUGGGAAGUAAAUUUGUUGAAGGGCGUAGUGUUGAAUUCUCAAAGUCCUAUGAAGAAAGCAGUCAAUCCACACCAAUAUUUUUCAUUCUUUCUCCUGGAGUGGAUCCCCUGAAGGAUGUUGAAGCCCUAGGUCAAAAGCUUGGCUUCACCAUAGACAAUGGGAAAAUCCAUAAUGUGUCCCUGGGACAGGGGCAAGAGGUUGUGGCUGAAAAUGCUCUGGAUGUGGCUGCAGAAGAAGGGCAUUGGGUCAUUCUUCAGAAUAUACAUCUGGUAGCCAAGUGGCUGAGCACGCUGGAUAAGAAAGUUGAACGCUACAGCAUUGGGAGCCACGACGAUUACCGCGUAUUUAUGAGUGCUGAACCUGCUCCUUGUCCUGAUGCUCACAUUAUUCCUCAGGGCCUGCUAGAAAAUGCCAUUAAAAUCACAAAUGAGCCUCCAACUGGCAUGCAUGCCAACUUACACAAGGCUCUCGACCUCUUUACACAGGAUACCCUGGAAAUGUGCACCAAGGAAAUUGAGUUUAAGUGCAUUCUCUUUGCCCUCUGCUACUUCCACGCAGUGGUAGCAGAACGGAGGAAAUUUGGAGCGCAAGGUUGGAACAGGUCUUACCCCUUUAACAAUGGAGAUCUCACCAUUUCCAUCAAUGUCCUGUAUAAUUACCUGGAAGCUAACGUGAGGGUGCCGUGGGAUGAUUUACGGUAUCUCUUUGGUGAAAUCAUGUAUGGGGGACAUAUCACUGAUGACUGGGACCGCAGACUGUGUCGGACGUACCUGGCUGAAUACGUCCGCAUGGAAAUGCUGGAAGGCGAAAUGUUUCUGGCUCCAGGAUUCCUCAUUCCACCCAAUAGUGAUUACAAGGGCUAUCAUGAGUAUAUUGAUGAAAAUCUACCACCUGAGAGUCCUUAUCUGUAUGGGCUCCAUCCGAAUGCAGAGAUUGGUUUCCUCACGGUAACCUCAGAGAAACUUUUCCGCACAGUGCUGGAAAUGCAACCCAAAGAAUCGGAUGCUGGAGGAGGAACUGGCGUGUCCCGUGAAGAAAAGGUGAAAGCAGUGCUAGAUGAGAUCAUGGAUCGUCUUCCAGAGCCCUUCAACAUGGUGGAAAUUAUGGCAAAAGCAAUGGAGAAAACGCCCUAUGUGGUAGUUGCUUUCCAGGAAUGUGAACGGAUGAACAUCCUCACCAGUGAAAUCAGACGCUCUUUGAAAGAACUGAACUUGGGGCUGAAGGGUGAGUUGACAAUCACAACAGACAUGGAGGAUUUAUCCAAUGCUCUUUUUUAUGACAAUGUGCCUGAAUCCUGGACAAAACGUGCUUACCCAUCUUUACUUAGCUUAGCAGCCUGGUAUGCAGAUCUACUGCUCCGGAUCAGGGAGCUGGAGGCUUGGACUACAGAUUUUGCCCUGCCCACAACUGUGUGGCUAGCAGGUUUCUUCAAUCCUCAGUCUUUCCUGACUGCCAUUAUGCAGUCCAUGGCUAGGAGGAAUGAAUGGCCUCUUGACAGAAUGUGUCUCUCAGUGGAAGUUACCAAGAAAACCCGGGAAGAUAUGACAGCUCCACCUCGAGAAGGCUCCUAUAUUUAUGGGCUUUUCAUGGAAGGUGCACGCUGGGAUACUCAGACGGGGGUCAUCACGGAUGCACGCCUGAAGGAGCUGACGCCUUCGAUGCCAGUCAUUUUCAUCAAGGCCAUCCCUGUGGAUCGCAUGGAUAUCAAGAACGUGUAUGAGUGUCCCGUGUACAAGACACGCACAAGAGGCCCCACCUACGUCUGGACUUUCAACCUGAAAACAAAAGAGAAGCCGGCUAAGUGGAUUCUUGCUGGAGUUGCUUUACUCUUACAGAUUUAAUGCCUGAUAACAUUUUGUCCAUUCCAUCACAGGACUUAUAUCCUUUCCCUGAAAACCCCAAGCAAAGUAAUUGUAAGUUUCAAAAUAAAAUUUAUUUUAAAAUAUAUCUGGCCUGAUGUUCCUACUCAAGUGAUCAUUAAUAACAUUGUUCCUAUAUUUAAUUAUUCUCCCCAAUGACAGAAAGGUGGUCUGCCCAAAUAGUGGCUCUGCAAGCACACACACACAGAAAGAAAGAAAAAUAAGACUGCAGUAACUAUCACUUAACAGCUUAUGGCUUAGCCAGACAUCUUCACCUUACUGGCCAUACAUGGAACUUGGUGAAAUUGUAACUUGCACUUGCAAGGAUAGGCUAGCCAUAAAACUCAUUUCAUUAACUAAACCUGGUCAAUCUAAUAGUGAAAUAAUUUGCUCAAAAGUCUGAAUGUUAAGGUACAAAUGGAAUCUAAACCACUUUGAACCCAGAGUCACCUCUCACCCAACACCUACUUAUCCUGGUGAUAGACAUUUCUCUGUACAAACACCAGGACCUGUUCCUGCUUUAUCAUCUUGGAUUGCCUCUAUUAAACCUACUAGGUUACUUCUGAGCUGCCUGUGAGGUCAUGCCCAUCUAGCCAAGUCUUUUCACUUCUGCCUCCCACAAUAUUGGCUCACCACCAGAUCUAACUUGGAUCACUGUCAGGCUUGUAAUGAAACUCAGCUCUGGAGUGUUGAAAUUGCACAGCCAGCAUUCCUUAAAAAUGCACAAUGCUUGAUAGGACAUUAUCACAUUUCCAUUCAAAAAAAGACUUGUUAUGAUGUCCAAAAAUUGUAAAUAAAUGUGCACUUAUUCAGGGAAAUUAUACUACUUGUACAAUCAAUGAAUUUCUCCUGUCUACUUGCCUUGUCUAUUCAAGAUAGACCAGUGCAUGAGACAUAUUAGUUAUUGUUGAUAUGAAUUAAAUUUAUGUUAUUUCAGUAUAUACUUGUGUAGUAUGUAAACUAUCUUUCUGGUAUAAGAUUUGAACUUACUUUUAACAUUUUGCUCUCCAAAAAGUAAAUAAGCAAAAUAAAAUAAAUAUCAAGAGGCCAUUGUGUGGGGAAGGAGAAAGUGUCCACAGGUGAAUGAUGCCUAUCACUUCCUGAUAAUUAUUAUUUAAAAGCACUCAGUGAUUCCUGAAGUUUUAGGAAUCUGAUUACAAAUGUUAAUAAGCAACUUUUAUUAGGCUUAUCUAAUUAGCAAAAAAGCCCAUACAUAUAAAGGUAAAGGUUCCCCUCGCACAUAUGUGC